GGCGAGGCGCCGCCGUUAACCCUUCGCGGGGCGGAGCCGUGCGGAAAACUCUGAGGCGAAGAAGGGGGUUAGCGGAGGCGGGACAACGGCUGGUCUGUCGCCGCCGCCGCUCAGAGAGGCGGCUGAGAGAAGAUUAAGCGGGGGGGGGGGGGGCGACGUUGGGCAGCCGCCCCGCCCCUAUCUGCGGCUCCCGUCAGCAGGGAGGAGCGGUCAGGCCUUCUCCGGCGACCGUGCGUGUGCACGCGCAUGCGCGUCCCCCCACCUUCCCUCACAGCGGCGGCCUGGCUUGAGCGGCAGCCCCGGAGAUGAUGCCGAUGAUAUUAACUGUGUUCCUAAGCAACAAUGAGCAGAUUUUGACUGAAGUGCCAAUUACCCCUGAAACCACGUGUCAAGAUGUGGUGGAAUUCUGCAAAGAGCCCGGUGAAGGCAGCUGCCACCUUUCUGAAGUGUGGCGUGGAAACGAACGGCCCAUUCCGUUUGAUCACAUGAUGUAUGACCAUCUACAAAAGUGGGGACCUCGUAGGGAGGAGGUGAAAUUUUUCCUUCGACAUGAAGAAUCACCGACAGAAAGCAGUGAACCGGGCCGCCAGACUCAAAAUCAGAGGAACGGAGUCAACAUACCUGUGGAGAAGCGUGCUGAAAAUGGGGUCGGGAAUCCGCGUGUGGAACUCACACUGUCUGAACUUCAGGAUAUGGCUGCCAGGCAACAGCAACAGAUCGAAAAUCAGCAGCAAAUGUUGGUUGCCAAGGAACAACGUUUACGUUAUCUCAAGCAGCAAGAACGCCGUCAGCAACAGUCUGUCUCCGAGACGGAAAAGCUUCAAAAACUGAAAGAGCGAGUGGAGACCCAGGAGACGAAGUUGAAAAAAAUCCGUGCCAUGAGAGGGCAGGUGGACUACAGCAAGAUCAUGAACGGCAAUUUGUCUACUGAGAUAGAACAUAUCAGUGCCAUGUUCCAGGAGAAGCAACAGGAGCUACAAGCAGCAGUGUUAAAAGUGGAUCAGCUCACUCAACAGCUAGAAGACUUGAGGAAAGGGAAAUUGAAUGGAUUCCAGUCCUACAAUGGACAGAUGACGGGGCCUGCAGCUGUAGAGUUAAAGAAAUUGUACCAGGAGCUACAGAUUCGUAACAGGCUCAACCAGGAGCAGAACACCAAGCUUCAGCAGCAGAAGGAACUCCUUAACAAGCGCAACAUGGAAGUGGCCAUGAUGGACAAGCGCAUCAGCGAGCUACGCGAGCGGCUGUACAAGAAAAAAGUUGAGGCACGUCAAAAAGAAAACAUCCCUUUGAACCGGAUGAAUGGAACGUCGUCUCCUCAGUCUUCCUUGAGUGCUUCAGGCAGAGUCGCAGCAGUGGGACCCUAUAUUCAAGUUCCCAGUCCCAGCAGUUACCCUGUGCCAGUGGACCCUGUGAAGCCGCAGUCUCUCACCAUCACUACCGCCGGGCCUCACGGAAGAUCCAAAUCUGAUACAGACUUUGGGUGUGUGAAAAAAUCUCCAGCUCCCUGGAAGAUUUCUGAUUUAGACCUUAUAGUGAAUCCUGUUCUGUCACCAUCCUCUCUCCAGUCUUCUGUUCACAAUGUCACCCAUUCAGCAUCUCCUCUUUCUGAGGUUCUGCACUCAAAUGAUGGGAAUUGGCCAGCACUGAAACCGAACUCGGCUCCUGUGGUGAAGCCGCCCCAGGUCUCCAACGCAGACUGGAAGGAAUCAAACAUGGACGCUGCUUUAAAACAAGGAACGAUUUCCAGUCAGCCUGUGUCUUCUUCCGGAUUAGGGAGCACCGAUAAACUGGGCCCUGAUAUGGGGAAGGUGCCGCCAACCCCCUCUGGCAUCAUCAAGCAGGGGCCUCCAAACUACGGGACCUAUCCAAGCACUGCUCCUUUAGGCACGGGUUCUACCAAUUCCUUGGAAAGGCGGAAGGACUGCAGUCUACCAAGACCUGGCUCUACAGCGGCAAACAGGCAAAGACCGGUCCCGUUACCACCAGCAAGUAGCGUUCAUCAGCCAAGCUCUUCCCAACAAAUACAGCAGAGGAUAUCUGUGCCUCCCAGCCCCACAUAUCAACCUUCUGGUGCCCCCUUAUUUCCAGGCGGGGACGGCAGGCCUGACCUACCCUUAACUGUGGCCAUCAGGCCUUUCUUGGCUGACAAAGGCUCAAGGCCCCAGUCUCCCAGGAAGGGGCCACAGACUGUGAACUCUAGCUCCAUCUACUCGAUGUACCUUCAGCAAGUGACGCCACCAAAGAACUACCAGCAGGCUGUGUACAAUACCCUCAACAAGUCCAUUAAAGCCGUUUACGGGAAGCCCGUUGUACAGUCCGGUUCAACUUCUCCUUCGCCAUUGCCAUUCCUUCACGGGCCUUUACCAGCCAACGCGUCACAGUCUCAGCCUCCGAAUGACGGUAGCGAAAGAGAGCAGGAGCUGGAGAACGUCCCCCCCUCCGGAGAUAACAGCAACGUAGAAAACAUUCCCCGCCCCCUCAGCCCCACAAAACUGACCCCCAUUGUCCAUUCCCCCCUUCGCUACCAAAGUGACGCUGACCUGGAGGCUCUGAGGAGGAAACUCGCCAACGCACCCCGGCCACUGAAAAAGCGAAGCUCCAUCACCGAACCGGAAGGCCCCAGCGGACCCAACAUCCAGAAGCUUCUGUAUCAGCGCUUUAACACUUUGGCAGGGGGGAUCGAAGGGGCCCCUUUUUAUCAGCCGAGCAACUCGCAGGACUUCAUCGGCACGCUGGCAGAUGUCGAUAACGGAAACGCCAACACCAACGGCAACCUUGAGGAGCCCAUUUCUGUGCCGCCUCCUCUCCCUGACGAGCCUUCGUCCGAUGCCAACGACAACGAACUCCCUUGCCUUGCGGGGGAAGAACUAAUCAGUGCUGAAACCACUAGUCCAGCACCUGAAAUGACAGAGGAUGAUAACAACAACAAUCCUGCCGUGGCCCCUCCUGUUGAGCGCCCCCCGAGCCCCACACCUGAAGGCAACACCCCAGUGGAAGAUGAAGUGCAGCUGCCCCCUGCUCCCCCUCCCCCUCCUCUUCCUGUGGCUAAGAGGACCAACCUGAAGAAACCCAACUCUGAGAGGACCGGUCACAGUUUGAGGGUCAAGUUCAACCCGCUGGCCCUCUUGCUGGACGCCUCGCUGGAAGGAGAGUUUGACUUGGUGCAAAGGAUCAUCUACGAGGUGGAUGACCCCAGCAAGCCGAACGACGAAGGAAUCACUCCUUUGCACAACGCAGUGUGUGCCGGCCAUCACCACAUAGUGAAGUUCCUCUUGGAUUUUGGGGUCAACGUGAAUGCGGCUGACAGCGAUGGAUGGACUCCUUUGCACUGUGCAGCAUCUUGCAACAGUGUUCACCUCUGCAAGCUUCUUGUUGAAUCCGGAGCGGCAAUCUUUGCUUCAACGAUAAGCGACAUAGAAACGGCGGCUGAAAAGUGUGAGGAGAUGGAAGAGGGUUACAUUCAGUGUUCCCAGUUUCUGUAUGGUGUACAGGAGAAGCUGGGAGUGAUGAACAAAGGGGUAGUGUACGCACUGUGGGAUUACGACGCUCAGAACAACGACGAGUUGUCCUUCCACGAAGGAGAUGCCGUUACAAUUCUAAGACGCAAAGAUGAUACCGAGACGGACUGGUGGUGGGCUCGGCUCAAUGACAAAGAAGGCUACGUGCCUAAAAAUCUUUUGGGGUUAUACCCAAGAAUAAAACCUAGGCAACGAACACUUGCCUGAAUUCUACCUUUGGCAGUGCGGUAUCUUGCUGGCAACUGGAAGACGAAAAGUAUACACUGGAUACAUUUUCAAUCACAUUUCACCAGGAGAAAUAAAGCUCUACUUCGUUUUAAAUGGUGCUCUUGUUCAUAUAAUGGACAGCAUUUGAAGUUUUCAAUCUGCAGUUUGUUAAGUGAGGUCUGCUCUAUGUUAACUCACCCACUAGUUGGGAGAGGUACUCAACACAGGCUACAGUAUUUCUUUUUUGCCAGUCAAAGUAAAGAGAACAAAUGUGCUACGUGUUUUAAAAAAAAAACCUUUUGCAAAAUGCAGAUAUGCUGUCUGGUCUGUUCUCGUCCACAGUAACUAUCCUGACAUGUCAAGACCUGUUACUAUUAAACUUGUCAGCUGAUUGUUGAGUUUACCGUGUAAAUCCUUAAAAGAUCUUGCUGAGAGUUGACCACUGGGAGUCGCCAACAGCCCUCUAGUAUCAAGACAUCAUUGACAAACCAGAAAAGCGUCAACGCUGGACGGAUUUGUUGCACCCAAAAUGCACUGCUUCCUUCACUUGAGGUUUUUCUCGAUGCUCUGCUCAUAGCACCGAUUCAACUUCCCCAUAUUCUGCUUUCUACUUACUUUUUUUCCCCCACCCACCACACCCUGAAUUGUUUCUUCUGGACAAACCCACAUUGAGAUUUCGAGGGACUUGUACGUUUAUGUGGAAGAAAAGUGCAAUAGUUGAAAAAGGGUCGAAAGGGGGUAAGGUUAUUUUUUUGAAGGAAAAAAAAACGUUGAGAGGUUCCGUUUAAGGGCCUUUAGGUUUUAGUUAGAAGGCGAGCGGAGGAUGGGAAAAGGCCGGGUUGGCUGUACAGGAUGAAGGGGAGAGAGACUUGUUAUGGUAAGGAGAGCUUUGUCGUUCAGGCUGGGACGGUGCCUCUGGUUCUUGGCAGCCCUGCAUCUAGUGCUGGGGUGAGUUAUGCAAUAACUGAAUCCACAAUGUAGUUUUAAGCAAAAAAAAGAAGAAGAAAAAGCACUUCAUUGGAAUAUCAAUUGUACAUGAUUUUAUACGCAGAAGUCUAUUUUGAAUUUCCCAUUCAGCUGUAGCCACAUUUUAUAAUUUACUCCCAGUUCAGCGGUAGGCCAAUGGGCUGUAUUCAUGUCCAUGUUGUGCAUAAUUUAUAUAUCCACAGAUGCAGUGCUGUAAGUUGCUUUUACCACUGUUUUAGCAUUAAUUGUAUAUAUUGUGGUGAUGAGAAGUGAAAAAAGGAUAUUAUUGUAAAAGAAUAUUUGCUAAAUGAAUGUGAGCGUCCGAAACACUGCUCAUCCAGUGUGCACAAUAAACUACUGCUACGGUA